UAAUAUGUGUAUGCUUACAUCAAUCGAAACAUAUUGACAGUUGAGAAAAUAAUCUAUAUCUACUCAACAUUUCUAAAUGAUAUUUAGUUUCAAUUUGAUGUUUCAUAUUGUUGAAUCAUUUGUAUAAUUUUAAACAGAGCAUACAAGUAAAAUAGUUAAAUAAUAUUUAUCUUCAAUAACAUCAAUAUAAUUAAGAGUAAUCAUAAACAUGCAACAACUAGUUUGUGUUGACGAUUAUGAAAAAUUAGCUGUAAAGACACUACCACCUAUUGCUAAGGAUUAUUAUCAAAGUGGUGCUGGAGAUCAGAAUACUUUGAAAUGGAAUAGAGAAGCAUUUGCAAGAUAUAGAAUCCGACCACGAGUUUUACGAAAUGUUUCAAUGAGAGAUAUAACUACCAAAGUACUUGGACAUCAGGUAUCAAUGCCACUUGGGAUUUCUCCGACAGCUAUGCAACGCAUGGCACAUCCUGAUGGAGAAUGCGCUAGUGCAAGAGCGGCAGAAGAAAUAGGUACAAUUUUCAUUUUAUCAACAAUCUCAACAAGUAGUAUUGAAGAAAUAGCCCAAGCAGCUCCAAAAGCAAUUAAAUGGUUUCAAUUAUAUAUUUAUUGUGAUCGUGAUAUCACAUUGAAUUUAAUUAAACGAGCUGAGAAAGCAGGAUUUUCAGCAAUUGUUUUAACCGUUGAUACACCCUACUUUGGUAUAAGACGUGCUGAUGUUCGAAACAAGUUUGUCUUACCUGAACAUCUAAAAUUAGCUAAUUUUCAAGGAUUUUUAUCAGAUAAAAUAAACCGCACUAAUGAAGGUUCUGGACUGAAUGAAUACGUGAAAGAACUCUUUGAUGACACAAUCACAUGGGAUGAUGUCAAAUGGUUAAAAGGUGUGACGCAGCUGCCUAUUAUUCUAAAAGGCAUAUUAACGGUUGAGGAUGCAAAAUUAGCUGUUGAUAAUGGUAUCAAAGCCAUCAUUGUUUCAAAUCAUGGAGCGCGACAAAUUGAUGGGACACCAGCUACUAUUGAAGUAUUACCGGAAAUAGUGAAUGCUGUGGGUGAUCAAAUAGAGAUUUAUUUAGACGGAGGGGUCAGACAAGGAACUGACGUAUUAAAAGCUUUAGCAUUGGGUGCUAAAAUGGUAUUUUUUGGACGACCAGUUUUAUGGGGAUUAGCAAACGGAGGUUUUGAAGGUGUUAAAUCCGUUUUAAAUCUAAUGAAGUCAGAUAUUAGCGCUGUUCUCGGAUUAGCAGGUUGUCGAUCAGUAGCAGAGAUAACUCGUGACAUGGUAAUUCAUGAAUCCUACUACAGCCGCUUAUAACAAUAUUUCUUCAUUAAGGACAUUAAAUUUUACUGAAUUCACGCUCAAAUAAUAUUUAUCUAUUUAAUCAAGUUGACGCAUGUGAGUAUCAUUUUUUUUUCGCAUAAAUAUAUAUGUUAUGUACAUUCACAAUUCUACAUAAAUAUAAUUACAGUCUAUCUAAUAUACUGAAUUCUUUUUUGCAUCAAUAGUUUUAUGUUCAUAAUUCAUUAUCCUAGAAUAUUACCUCAUUAUCUCGUACUUUUUAUGCACACAAAAUAAACUAAUAUUAAUUAAAAAAUCACGAGA